AUGCCUUCCUCCCUCCUCUCAGCAUCACUGCUGUACGGCUGCAAGCCCUCUGCCGACUCAGCAGCCGUUGAGAGCUGCUCACCAAAGCCCGCUCCUGCUCCUGCACCCAAGCAUCGCGUCUGGCGCCGUGCACCACCAUCCACCACCGUCAAGGAGCCAGUGGGGAUCCCCAUCCCAGGGGCUCGCAAAUGGCAGGACGACCUGCAGAUGGACGCUCGCAAGCUGCUGCCUGCGGGCUGGGAGCCCAAGGGCUCCCGCAUCCACAACCGCAAGGACGACAUCACCGACUACUACGCCAUGGGCGAGAGCUCCUGGGGCCAGUACCACGCCCAGCGUGUCCGGCAGGGCGAGCGAGAAAUUGGUACCAUCCGUGCCGGCGCCGCGCGUCCUCCGCCUGGCUUCUCCUGGCCGGCAUCCGACCCCGUCAAGCGCAAGAACGUGGCUAUCGUGCCGAAGUACGUGCGGCCUGAGGACAAUAUUCGAGAGCGGAAUUCGCGCAGGUGGGCGGUUAAGUGCAAGCUGGCGGGAGUUGCUGGCGAGAUGGUUGCUGAGCCGGCAGGUCUUAGCGAGGAGACGACUUCGGAUGAGAGUGUUGGGACGUCAGAGGGCGAUUGGGUUACGGUUCGGGGAGAGGAUUGUGUUGAGACGGACGAGCAGGGCGGCAGUGAUGAGAAGGAGGAGAAGAAGGUGUGCGAUUUGGGCUAUGGGUCCUGCGGAUGGUGCUGA